UACUUAGUCUUCGUACGUGCAGGCGCACAUUGGAAACCCCACGCAUAAUAGUGGUGUCGGCGUCGCGACGCUUCAGUUUCACGCUGUUUUACCACGGGGAAAGUCGACGCCUGCACGCGGAAACGCGCCAAACGGACGAGUGUCGCACAUUUUUCAAGAUGCUAACACUGGUCUGGCCCUGCUUGGUAUUCAGCGCUGUGGUCGCCGGCAGUCGUCUGCAGUGCAACAGGACCUUGGAAGGCGUCUCGCCGAAGCCAAAUCCUGGUCACUUUCAAAUUGAAAUCUCCGGAAACCCCGCCACUUACGUUCCGGGAGAACAAUACACCGUAUUUUUGCGUGCGACAACUGACGAGAAAUUCGCCGAAUUCAUGUUAAGCGUCGAAAAUGAAAAACGCAAAUCUCCACCUCCCUCGAUCCAAUUAUACGGCGAUUCCUUGACGAAAUUCAGCGAGGAAUGCUCCAGUACCGUCAUAUCAACCGAUUCGCAACCCAAAAGCGAAAUCCAGGUCCUGUGGUUAGCCCCAGCCUCCGGCACCGGCUGCGUUACGUUCAAGGGGGCUGUGGUGAUCUCCGAUGGGGUGUGGUGCGGGGAGGCCGGGUCUCUGACCAAAACGCUGUGCGAAAACUCGCAAGACAACGACGAUAUCCAGCCCGUUAUCCUCAAGCACUGUUGUGCGUGCGAUGAGGCGAAGUACGAAGUGACUUUCGAGGGCCUCUGGUCGCGGAACACCCACCCGAAGGACUUUCCCUCCAACGGAUGACUAACCCGGUUCAGCGACAUCAUCGGGGCCUCGCACACGGUGAAUUACACCUUCUGGAGGUACGGGGACAUUGCCAGCGAGGGUCUCCGCCAACUGGCGGAGAACGGCAACACAAGGAUGCUCGAAAGCGAAUUAAAAGCAAAAAGCGAUCACAUUAGGACCAUCAUCAAAGCGCGAGGUAUAAGUUAUCCGAAUAUUACAGGGAAAACGUUCGCUGUGUUCAGGGUUGACAAUCGACACCAUCUUAUGUCUAUUGUCUCAAUGAUUGAUCCCUCGCCCGACUGGAUUGUCGGAGUUUCCAGUUUGGAGUUGUGUCUAAGGAAUUGUUCUUGGGUGGAAUCAAAGAUAUUGAAUUUGUACCCGUGGGAUGCGGGCACGGAUGAUGGGAUAACCUACAUUUCCCCUAAUCAGCCGUCCUCUCCUCGCCAGCCCAUAAAACGCAUCACAGCGACCAGUCCGAGCGACCCUCGCUCCCCAUUUUACGACAAAAGCGGUGCCGAGAUGAAACCUCUGGCCCGACUCUAUUUGUCCCGCCAACGCCUCUACGAAAAGUUAUGCGAUCCUUCGAUCGUCGAAGAUUACGACGACAGUGACGGUUGCGAGACCGAAGAAUGGUCCGACUGGUCUCCCUGCUCUGCCACUUGCGGCAGAGGCGUCAAGUACAAACAGCGACGCUACAAAAACGAGGAAAGCAAAUACGUCUGCCACAAGAAACUCACGGAGCGGGCAGGGUGCGAAGCCGUGCAGAAAUACUGCCCGCACCAGCCCGUCCGCGAGGUGGAGGACCCCAAGUGCGUCUUGAGCGAAUGGAGCGAGUGGUCCAGCUGCAGUGUCACGUGUGGUAAGGGCACCAAGACCCGAGAUAGGAAAUACAAGAAUCGCCUUGCGGCGAAGAGUUGCGCUGCGGCGAAGGUCAACCCGCCAAAGCUGCAGGAGAACUUGGAGUGCUACGGGGAGGGAAAGUGCGAUGAUUUGGAGGAGGAAGUGGUGGACUGCCCGCAGAGGCCCUGGAGCGAGUGGUCGCCCUGUUCGGUGACUUGUGGGAAAGGGUUUAAAGUGAGGUACAGGCUAUCUUUGCAAUCGCAAAACUGGCCGUUUGUUCCCAACUCGGACAGUUACGACGAAACCGAGGAAUUUGACGAGGAUGACCCGUGUAGCCACCAGAAAGUUAAGGAGACGGUGGAGUGCUUUCAGAAGUCGUGCGAACAGGAGGAGGAGCUGCCUGAGAAAGGCUACGUUUGCAGUUUGCCGAAAGACGUCGGGGCGUGCAAAAGCAACACUGAUAGAUGGUACUUCGACAACAUUAAGGGAAAUUGCGAGAUAUUUAGUUACAGCGGUUGUGAUGGAAAUUCAAACAAUUUCAAAACCCUCGAGCAGUGUCAGAAAGUUUGUGCGGACUACCAAAAAGAAUUAAUCGCGAACCUUACGGCUCAUAAACGCCAACUCGACGUAACGAUUUCGGGGGUCCUUUCUUACAACAUCCAGAACGACGCAAUCAAUGUUUCAGCGCCCUCGUAUCGACCCUACAGCCAGAUACAAUUAAUUAAUUCGACAGACUGCGUUCUCACCAAGUGGUCCAGCUGGAGCCACUGCAAUGUCACGGGGCAUUGUGGUAGCGGAUAUAGAACGAAAUAUAGACAAAUCAAAGUUCACCCGACUGAUGGCGGGAAGCCGUGCUCGAAGAGAUUAACGAAGAAGAAAAAAUGUCACGUUCCAUGCACCAACGACUUGGGCAAGACCAAAUACAAUUUCAAUACUUUCGAUAACGUCAGGGUCGAUUGUGUCAUGUCGCCGUGGACGAAUUGGACCAAGUGCGACCCAAGAUGCUUCAGGGAACAGUUCCAGGAAAGAUACAGACGCGUGGUGGUUCAUCCCACUCCCAAUGGCACGCCCUGCGCCUCCAAAGUCGAAAAGCGGCGCUGCUUCUGCAAAGGACUCAACUAAUUUUCAUUGCAUAUCACAAGCAACGAACAGCUGAAAUUUAGUUUAUUAUUAAAAUUGUGACAAUAACUUUCAAAUCACUUUUAUGUGAAAAGUACCAAAUUGUUUGUGUAUUUUAUUUCUUGUGGUAGAUGUGGAAUUAUUUUUUAUUAAAUGUGAUCUAAAUUCUGAAUUUAUUCGUUUAAUAAAAACAUUUAACUUUU